CCAGUCCAGCGAGGGGCGGAGUCACAAAGCGAUCCCGCCAAUGGGAUGGCGUAGAAGGCCGCCGCAUGCAAAUAUGCACCGAGAAAGUUUUCUUCCCACGUUCAGCAUUCGGACAAAUAUACGGGAGCUACAGGAGAGGAGAGGAAGCGGCCACGCCCACAAAUACGCAAUCAGACGUGCGUCGGAAGUUGUCCCAGUUUGCCGACGGAAGUGCCUGGAUGCAGGAGGACGGAGGAGCCCGGCGGGGGAAGGAAGGAAGCGCCGCCCGAGAGGAGGAGGAGGAGAGCGGGCCCCGCGGAGCAGCCCUGCCCGGUCCCGGCGCGGCUUCCCCGGGAGACGGCGGGGAAAGGCCGGGGGGCUCCGGGGCUGCCGGAGGGAUGAGCCCAGGGGGAGCCCGGGAAAGGCGGCUGCCUGGAGGGCGAUGCGGGGAGGAGGAAACGGGCGGAGACCCCGAGACGGUCCUGGAGGGCGGAGGCUCCUUCGGAAGACCCGGGAGGCCCCCGAGGAUCCAGGAGGGAGGAAAGAAAUACGAAUGUCUGGUAUGUGGAAAAACCUUCAAAAGAAACGACCUUCUUAAAAGGCAUCUAAAAAUCCACUCAGUUGGAAACCCACAUAAAUGCUUUGAGUGUGGAAAGAACUUCAGCCGAAGAGCAGAUCUUAAUCAGCAUCGAAGGAUCCACUCAGGAGAAAAACCGUAUAAAUGCCUGGAGUGUGGAAAGAACUUCAGUCACAGGAGCAGCCUUUAUGUACAUGAAAGGAUCCACACGGGAGAAAAACCUUAUAAGUGCUUCGAGUGUGGGAAGAGCUUCAGUCAGAGAAGCACCCAUGAGAAACACCAAAGAAUCCACACAGGAGAAAAACCGAAUAAAUGCCUGGAGUGUGGAAAGAGCUUCAGUCAGAGCAGCAGCCUUUAUAGACAUAGAAGAAUCCACUGGAGAGAGAAACCGAAUAAAUGCCUGGAGGGCGGAGGAUCCUUCAGAAAACCCGGCAACCCCCAAAGAAUCCAGGAGGGGCGAAAGGAAUAUCAGUGCCCGGACUGUGAAAAAUCCUACAAAACAAAUGGAUAUUUUCAAAGGCACCUAAGCAUCCACAGAGGAGAGAAGAAAUAUCAAUGUCCGGAAUGUGAAAAAUCCUUCAUAACAAAUGGACAUUUUGAAAACCAUCUAAAAAACCACUCAGUUGAAAACCCACAUAAAUGCUUUGAGUGUGGAAAGAACUUCAGUCGAAGAGCAGAUCUUGAUCAACAUCUACGAAUCCACACAAGAGAAAAACCUUAUAAAUGCUUUGAGUGUGCAAAGAGCUUCCGUCAAAGGAGCAGCCAUGAGAGACAUCAAAGAAUUCACAUGGGAGAGAAACCAUUUAAAUGUCUGGAGUGUGGAAAGAGUUUCAAUUGGAGAGGAAACCUUUACACACAUCAAAAAAUCCACUUAGGAGAAAAACCAUAUGAAUGUCUGGAGUGUGGAAAGAGCUUUACUGGGGCUUCAGGCCUCCAGUGUCAUAAAAAAAUACAUACUGGAGAAAAACUCUAUAAAUGCCUCGAAUGUGGAAACAGCUUCAGUACAAGAAGAGACCUGGAUAGACAUGAAAUGAUUCACACAGGAGCAAAACCUUAUAAAUGUCUGGAGUGUGGAAAGGGCUUCACUCAGAGAGGAAACCUCUGCGUACAUCAAAGAAUCCACUCAGGAGAAAAACCAUAUCAAUGCCUUGAUUGUGGCAAGGCUUUCUCUUCCAAGAGAACCCUUGAUUCACAUCAUAGAAUCCACUCAGGAGAAAAACCAUUUAAAUGUCUGCAGUGUGGAAAGAGCUUCGAUCUGAGGGGAAGCCUUUACAUACAUCAAAGAAUCCACUCAGGAGAAAAACCAUUUCAAUGCCUGGAUUGUGGCAAGGAUUUCUCUUCAAAGAAAACCCUCUCUUCCCACCAAAGAAUCCACUCAGGAGAAAAACCAUAUAAAUGUCUGGAGUGUGGAAAGAGCUUCAAUCAAAGAGGCAACCUUUAUAUACAUCAAAGAAUCCACACAGGAGAAAAACCGUAUCAAUGUCUGGAGUGUGGAAAGAGGUUCAUUCAGAGAGGGAACCUUUACAUACAUGAAAGAAUCCACUCUGGAAGUAAGAAACACCAAUGCCACACUGCAGAGGAACCCUAUAAUCACCCUAAAAUUGUUUUUCCACCAAAACCAAAAGUGUUAGUUUUUGGGAAUAUGGAUCUUGAGCCUGUAAUUUAGUGUUGGCUAUUGCUACCCUCUUAGUAUUACCUACACAUUUGAUGAGUCUACUAUUCCCUCAUUUAAGUCAUUUAAUAAGAUAUUGAAGAGUACUGGGCCUAAAAUAUAAUCCUGUGGUACCCCACUGCUUCCUUCCCUCCAUGUAGAUGUUUUACCAUUAAGGACCACCCAUUGUGUCACUCAAUUACAAAUCAAUCCAUCCAACCCAGUCAUGAGCUUCAUCCCACCAUGUUUCAGUAAUUGCAGCUGUAUCAUUUAUACCUUCGUGUAUUAGUAUUUCAACAUCACCCUGUCUGUUGAGCGUUUGUUCAUAUAUAAGGAUUUGAGUUCUUUUUGGAUCUUGGGUAUGUUUCUUGUAUCUCCUACUCUGUACCUGGGUUUUCCAUCCUUUCUAUCACUCCACUGUGUUUUUCCUUUUUUUCUUCUUUUUUCUCUUUACUCUCUACCUCCGUAUAUGAUUGGUAAUCCACUGGUUUUUGCUUGGAAUCAGGUUCUAUCCCCCCCUCAACUUUCUAACUUCAAAAUAAAGAACUUUUUCAAUUGUACAUGCUGGCUGAAAUUGUACCUUUUCACAACAGAUGUAUGUGAUUCCUUUUCCCAUGCAAACGUUCUCCUUUUCACACAAUGACCUUUUCAAUAGUUAUGCUUAAUAUUAUGGGAUGUUUAACUUAACUGCCCAUGUCCUUGAUGUAACUGAGCAGGAUUUCUUCCACACAAUCAACUGUUUUGUACUUUUCUUACUGUAUGGAGUGUAAAAUGAAACCUGAGUCUGUCCUUCACUCUUUUUUUCAUUAAGAGAAACCUCUUUUGCUAUAUUACUGUAAAGGUGCCUUUAAAUGACCUGCCAGCUCUGUGUCUAAUUCAAACAAUUGUGCUGUGGCAGAAUCCAGGCGUCAGACCUGCCCCAACCUGGUCCCUUAGGAAAGAAAGACCCUCGAUUUCAUCGGAAUGGAGCAAAAGAUGCCUGUGGUACAAACUGGUUCCGCAUUUCUCUGGUCUUCAUUGCCUGUCAUUUCCCCCCUUCUUAUUUCCCAUCACGUGCAAUCAUAUUGUCCAUUUGUCUGCCUCCCCAAUGCCCCUCCAUAUGGCAGCACCUGACACUAGGGCUAAUUUGGCCUUCAUUCUUUGAUAUAAUUCAUAUGGGUUAUAUCAAUAUGUAAGACCAUCCCCAGAGAUCUGAAACUCUUUGUCAGUUGGCUUCCCUGAAUGGUCCCGUUGUCUUCCAGCAGAAACAGCUACAAGGGACUUUCGGGUUCCAUAGAUGCUUAUUGGGAUGCUGCCAUUCAGGUGGGGGAGGGGGGAGGCCUGGGUACCUUCCUUGCUGUAUAACCCUUUUCCUGCCUAUCC